UUGAGUGACAAGUACUUUACAAAUCAUCGUCUUGCUCCAGGCGUGCGUUUGGUGAUAGGUGGAGGUGUUCGCGAUAGUAGUUUCUGGUUGGAUUUUUCCUGAAUCAGGUGGGCGGGUUGUCGUGGCAGGACGAAACUCUCAACCAGAAAAGGUUGAGAAACUGGAAAAAAAAAGUAGGAAUAGUAAGAGGAAAGGGAUUGGCAAUAAAAGGAAGUAGGAUUUAAUAUGGGGGAGCAGGCCUGCAAUCCUGCAAUGUUUUUGUGGGCAAGCAUUCUUCUGUUGCUCAGUGUACCAAGGAUUUCCAGUGUUACAAUACAUACUGCACCAGAGCUCAGUUUUGGGAAUGGAACACUGGCAACACUUCCCUGCACAUUUCAAUCAAGCAGUCCAGUUAGUCCACAGACAGCUGUCACAUGGCAGUAUGUACCAUCUGGUGGAAGUCCUACCGUGUUACUAUAUUAUUCCGGAGGAGAAUCCUACCAUGGAAAUAUUCCCCAGUUCAAGGAUAGAGUCAACUGGGCAGGAAACCUUGACAAAGGAGAUGCUUCAAUAAGCAUUGCAGACAUGCAUUUUGCAGACAAUGGUACCUUCAGAUGUUCUGUGGUGAAUCCACCUGAUGUUGCCAGUAGUCCCAGGGACAUUCAAGUUCAUGUUGUAGAGCAAGGUAGUUCCCCACGUACAUCUAGAGAAGUCUGGGUCAUAGUUCCUGCUCUUCUUGGAGUAGUGGUAUUGAUCAUAGCCAUAAUUGUGUUUGUCAUAUACAGGAAAAAGAAGAAAGACAAAAUGAAUUAUCACGGCUGCAGUGCUUCUGAAAACUUGAUGCCACACCCUGUGCCUUUACCAAGAAGACUGCGCCCAGACACAGAGAAAUUAGUACAAGCCAUUCGUCCUGGACCACAGGGCCCAAUAAUCUAUGCUCAACUAGAUCACUCUGGGAUGUCUGGGGCGAACACUGUAGUCAGAAAAGAUGCUGUGGUUUAUGCUGAUAUCAAAACAUCUUGAGGUGCCUCCUUUCCUAUGAAGAUAACUCAAAACUGGACAGGAAAAAUGACACUAAAAAACCACCCAGCAAGAUGUAUUGCAUUUGGGACUCUACAUGUAUAUCGAUUAAAUACUGUUUUAUUUAGUCAUUCACACCAUAUACCAUUGUACAUGUUGUGGUGUGUGGAACUACAUUUGUUGGCGUCAUCUGCAGCAUUUAACAUUCCUUUUUUACUGGGUGAGGGGAGUGGAAGAAUUUGAUCUUUUUCAAAUUUUAGUUGACUGACCAGAAUAAGAUGGGUGUACCACCUCUCUUUUUCUUAAAGGAUGCAUUUGGUGACCUUUGUGGAGGGUCACUGUAGGAGUAAAUUGUAACUUCUAUUUACUUGUCAGUAGAGCUGAAUUACUCCAACCAUUUUUCUAUACAAGUCAUUUUUUUAUGUGAAAAUUAGUGCUGCUGAGUGGGUACUGGCAUUCAGUGAUGUAGGCGUCCUGUAUAAGUAGCAUUUGGCAUGCCCCUACUUCAUUUAUUCCUGCCAUUUUAAAGCCAUUUAGUCACACCACAAAAUUUAUUUCACGAGUGCAUUGGACUCUGUCACGCGAGCCUUAUACAGUUGCCUUACUUUUAACAUUGGAUCCAUGAAGAUUUUCAUCAGGAGGGCGUAUCUUCUUUUCCGUAUCAGUUGUGCUUAUGGUAGACAGAUUACCCAUGAAGAUUUUCGUAUGAAGUCUUUAUUUUGUAUGGAGCCUGAACAUAGUGUAAGAGCUGUUUUUUUACAGCUGUAUAAUGCUGCAUUGCCUUCUCUGAACUGUAAGUUAAUUAUAGUGAUUGCGAAAAAUUUCUAAGACAAAAUAAUAAGUCUGAUUCUAUUUCUAAGCAGUAAAUGAAAGAAGAGGGAGAAAUUAGUCAUAAGGUUCCAGAAAAGAGGUAGUAUCAGGAAGGGUCAAAUUGUAAGUCUUUCAGCUCAAUUGAAAGAUUAGAAGGGUGGCACCUUCAGUGGAUCCAAUUUUAAAAUCGCCAAUAUCACUCCCAAAAAAACUGAGCAGAUCUUAUCCUGUUCCCUAGUCCCAUAGAAGGUCAAAACUUGGAAACCUGUGCAAGAUAUUUCAGAUCUGAUCAACUUUAUUAUAACAAAACUCUGGAGUGGUGGCCUUAGAUUGUACUAUCCAACGUAAAGCAGAACUUGUUGCAACAUAAGAUAUAGAAGUUGUUUACCUUCAUAUUCCAUAAAAUCAUUCAGUUUGCUAACUGUCCUAUUUGAUCCACUCUUAGCCUCAAGACUUCUUUCAAAGUCUUAGCUCCAGUAUUUGCAUAUUUCAAGAAGCAAAAGGCUAGACCAAAAGUUAUGUAUGUUUGCUGUUUAUCUGUAUGUGGAAGCCCAAGUUUCAUUCGUUUCUGAAACACUUAGAGGGUGAACACUUUCUCACUACCUUGGAACAAAGAAUGGAUGCAUGCUUUCCUUAAAGCCAAAUGUCUACUUACACCAGCUUUGUCAAGACAGCCAUGUUUUCUCUGCUUAUACAGUUCAGUGUCCAUCAACUUAUUCAGCUGCCUCUGGAUGUUACAUUAUCACAGCAGCAAAGCAAAAAUGUUUAACCUAUGUAUCUCAACUGCAUGAGUGUAUUAUGCAUGGGAAUUCUCUGUAGGUGAAUGUCUAACCUUCAUCCUGGCUUCCAGACCUUUCUGACAUCCCCAUAGUUGGUCUGAUCUUCCUCCCUCCUUCAGCCAUGGAUGUUGGUCUGAUGUAUAGUUUAAAAGUAGAAACAACCAAGAGUCGUUUCUGCUGUUCCAUUAGCCCAUUUAGUUCAGCUGUCAGUGUUUUACCAUUACUACACGAUUUCAAGAAAAUAUUUACUGCUUACUUUGGAUACUCAGACAAGUACUGCUUCACCAGAAUAACUUGUUUAAGAAAAUGUGAUCAGAUUUCCUGUAGAAGGAAAGGAAAAGAAUGAAUUUUAUAAAACAGUAUUCAGAGUAGCUACCCUAUUUUAUUGUCUUGUUAAGGUAAAUACUAGAGAGUACUUCAGGGCCCUGCUUGGGUUCAUUCAACAAGAGCUUGUAGCUGUAUAUGUAACCUACUUCAGAAAUAUUUAUUUUCAGGGCGCAUUGGAGGCAGCAUCUUGAGACCAUGUCUGAAUAUAUAAAUAACUACAAGCUUAGAUGCCUUUGGGAUAGUUCAGGUUUUGGCAUUGCUGUUCUACAAAGAAUCUUGCAAAGGUCAGCUUCUAAGAGAUUGUUUUAAUACUUGGUGUUUUAUUCAACUGUUAGGAUUUGUUGCUAUUGUAACCAUCUCCCACAACAGCAAGUCUUUGAAGGGAGGUCAUAUUACAGUAGCGUUACCCUCCCUCCUCCCUCCUGUUGAUUCAUUUUGUUUGUUUCUUAUGUGAACAGUAUAUUGGUCAAUGUAGACAGUUCUAUAUUUAUAUAGUUUUGUUUACCAUAAGCAUAGUUCCUGCAGAUUUCUUGCUCUGAAGAAUUGAAGUAGGCACAUGGCAGUGUUAUGCAGGAGUCUUGCACCACUGUGCAGCAGUACCCACUUUGGUCAAGACCAGCACUGGCCUUUCCAGUGGAGCAGGACAGCCAAAGAAAAAUAGUUGGAGCAGUGCAGCUUCUGUGCUGAAUAAACCUACAUGUUAUUGUUUACUGCUGCACUGGCCUGUCCCCAAAGAUCUACUGUGAUGGUGAGUACCUCACACAGCUGUACUUUACUGCAUCAGUACUAUAUUGAGGUUUAUGGGCCUGACACAAGUGAGAGUUUAUUAUUAUUAUUUUUUUUUUUUGUUACCAAAACAAAGCAGUCCUUUACCAGUCAGCUUUGUUGGGUAAGGACACCACUGAUGGCAUUGUGGUCUUUGCAUUUCACAGACUCCAACUGACUUGACUGUGUGCAGCUAAUGAAAUCCCUAUUGCCUUAAGGGCAGUGCUGUGAAAUGCAUAUUGUUAAUUUUUAAGCUCUUGGCAGCGGAGUUGUAUAAUUCAUAAGGUGAUAUAUUGUAAAAAGAGCCUAAACUCAAGGCCAUAAAUAAAUGCCAUAUGAGGAAAUGCGCUAACAUUGUAAAGGAAAAAAAUUGCACUUUGACAUAGUAUAGGGGCAGGGAUGUGUGUAAAGGAUUAUUUUUUUAACACUUUCGGCAUAUUUUAAACUAUUUUCUGAAAUGUUUGUGUGCAUGUGUCUUGAUUUUUCGUUGCUGGAUCAUUUGUAUGAAAAUACAAUGUUUACUAGAAGGCAAGUGCCAAAUAAAAUUUACACUUGUG